AGGCGGCCGGCGCGCUGGAGCACCUGGACCCGCGGGGACCCGGGAGAGCGCGAGAAGUGGCUCUACGGGUACGGCUUCUCUUACGUCUACAGCCGCGCGGCGGCGUGCGAGUCGCCGUACCCUGACGAGAGCCUCGGGGAGGACCUCUCCUUCUUCGUGCGGCUGAGGCAGCGGGUCCCCACGGCGGUGCACUUCGACGAGGCCGGCCUGUGCCUCCACACGCUGCACGCGCGCGGCACCUCCCGCGCGGCGCCGUGGGGCAUGCUGCUCCUGAACUGGGCGUCGAAGCUCGUGUUCGGCUCGCUGAUCGCCGUGGCCGCCGGCACCGUCGCCUCCGACGCGCUGCCUGGCGCCGGCGGCGCGGUCGCGCUGGCGCUGGCCGUCCCUCGGAGGAGGCCAGCUGGAGCAGCGGCGGCUCCCCUGAUCGUUGGAGCAUCGGGGCGCCGGCAGGUCCGAGGUUUCCGGGCGCGGUUGUCCCACUUCGGGAGGGGUUCCCUCAGCUGCGCCUCGCCGAGAGCGUUCCUGCAGGGGUGCUGA